AGAUUUUUAUUUGCCCAAUUCAAAUUUAUUAACAGAUUAAUUUGCCCAUCAUUUGUUUCUUCGCAAAAAAUUGAUAAAAACAAUUUUUUUUUCCCUACUAUUUCAAAUAUCUGUAUCUCUUAUAUUAAACGAUAUUUUUGAGCAUACUAAAUUGUAAAAAAUUGCCCCGGCCUGAUUAAAUUUGCCCACUUGACUGAUAUUAAAAAUAUUCAAUAGAUUAUUUUCUAAAACUGAAAAAUCAUAAUUGAUAAUAACAAUUUACUACAGUGUACAGGAUUUGUGCACUGCGUAUGUUCAGAAUGAAGGCCGUAACUUCGAGUUACGAAAGUUAUAUGCAUGCAUGUUUACUGGACUGCUGUCGACUGCCCUGCACUACCAUAUUGCUUUUUGUUAUAAAGGUGUUGUAGGAGACAAAACGUUUCUAUACUUAACGAAGUCGUUUCUUUCAAUCCAGUUGGUAUUUGAUAAACAAUAAGCUACAUAAUGUCCAAUUCCUUGAGAAUCAUAAGGUGGAAUAUAUUUUACUAUUCCACAUAGCACAAACAUUUGAUGUUGUAUUGUCAAUAUUCGUGGCACAGCUUCGAAAUCAGUAGUGAACUUUUCUGAAUCCAAAUUCAGUUCAGAUUCUGGAUACGUUGAUUUUCUGUAUGCUUCAUCGGUGUCAAUCCAUAAGUAAGGCCCUAAGAUGAAGUACGCUCUUGCUGCAAGUACAAACUAAUUUCAGGAAUUGGGCGGACAUGUACUCCUCUGGGCUUCUCAGCUAUUUCAUUGACAGAGCUCUGGCCAACAACAUAUCAGCUUCAAUGUCACGGCAAUGCAUAACAAGAAAUUUAUCUGCUCGCACAAUUGUAUUUUUCAUAGAAGCUUUGACAUCUCCAAUACAUGCUUCCUUGUGAAGAUUUUGGAAAUACGGUUGCAUCACAUUAGUCCAGCAAACAAAAUCUUUGGAGAGUUCCAUCAAUCUAUUUCCAAAAUCUGGAACGAACAAGUGGCAGUGGUCAAUGGCAGUGGUCAACUUGAUGAACAAGAUGAAAUAAAAAAAUCAGAACAAUAUGCGGCAUUCGAAUACUUAACAGAUUUGGAUUGAUCAACAAAGAGGAAACAAAACAAAUUCGAAAAGCUUAUAGACGGACUUCGCACUGGCUGUCAGAUACUUAAUUCUUUUGUUUUAAACGUGCCAAAUUCAAAAUUCGCAUCUCAUAAAAAUAUGAAUUUUGCAUGUAAAGGAUAAUAAAUUAAUAAUAUCUGCUUUUGUAUUAUACAGAAAUGCUAUAAUUGUUACGCUUCUCUGAUGUGUAUUAUAAAAUUGAAAAUGAUGACUUAUAGGAAAAUAACUUGUAUAUAAAUAUUUAGAAAUAGAUUGAAGCUCAAGUUUUGUUAAUUUUAAUUUUAUCAAGUGUGAUCAGAUCAGUAUGUUCAAAUUUAUAUUAAAAAGUUAAGUGAGUUUUGUAGUAAACUUGCUUACACUUUUCUUUAUUAUUUUCAUUCAAAAAUUACGUCACCAAGAAAAAAAUGAAUUUCAAAUAUUUCGUCAAUUUCAACAGAUCUUUGUAUCGGUGUCUAAUCGCAAAACACGCUUUCUUGAAUAAUAAUGAAAAGGUAAUUUGGAGUUUUAAUUGUGGAAUUACAUUAAAAUAUUUUGUUCACACCCAUCAAGUUUUAUUAAUCGUUUUAUUUUUUAUUGUAUUUUACAAAAUUCAUGCAUACUGUACUGUAUCUGUAUUUUUAGGUUUUGGUGGUGAAUCACUAUAGUUGUUACUACAGAAGUUUAAAAAUAUCAACAAAUUGUGGUCAUUUCUAAUCAUUGCAACGAUUACCGAAAAUCGUUCGACUCGCGUGGGUUAAUAAGCGGCUGAGCGGUAUAGCCGCGAUCGGUUCGAGAGAGAGAGAGGGCGCGUAGGGGCAAUGACCGGGAGGGGAGAGUUCGGUAGUCAGUAUGACUGUGUCACUCAGUCCGGCUACGUCGAGCUAACCCUUUCGAGCCGUCAACGCGUUUUGUGGUCGUGCGAGAAAGGAGGUUUCCCCGAGUGUCGCAGAACUUGAGUGUGGUGUGCUGAGUGCGGAGAGAGCAGCAGGAAAUCCGGCGAAAAGACAACGUGCGCACACACAGCAGCAACACCAACAAUAACAACAACAACAGAAGCGGCAGAGUAGCGAGCAGGGGAGCAGCGAAUCUGCGACUUGCGUAUCGGAUACGGUUGGCCACCGUAUCCUAUUCUAUCUCGCGGGUUCUGGUGUCGUGAAGGCUGGUUUUGCUGGUGAUCAAGUGCCUAAAUGCAGAUUUCCUAAUUACAUUGGAAGACCAAAGCAUACAAGAGUUAUGGCAGGUGCGUUAGAAGGAGAUUUCUUUGUCGGUCCUGUCGCUGAAGAACAUCGUGGAUUACUGUCUCUCCAUUAUCCAAUGGAGCAUGGUAUAGUUAAUGAUUGGAAUGACAUGGAACGCAUUUGGUCUUAUGUUUAUAGUAAAGAUCAAUUGUCAACAUUUAGCGAAGAGCACCCAGUUUUAUUGACUGAAGCACCUCUCAAUCCUUGGAAAAAUCGUGAAAAAGCGGCAGAACUAUUUUUUGAAUCAUUCAAUGUUCCAGCAUUAUUCGUUUCAGUACAAGCAGUUCUAAGUUUGUAUGCUACAGGACGAACUACUGGUGUAGUUCUUGAUGCAGGUGAUGGUGUAACUCAUGCAGUUCCAAUAUACGAAGGCUUUGCAAUGCCCCAUAGUAUUAUAAGAAUAGAUGUUGCUGGUCGUGACGUCACAAAUUAUAUGAAAUUGCUGUUAAAAAAAGAAGGAAUAAACUUAAAUACUACUGCAGAGUUUGAAAUAAUAAGAACUUUGAAAGAGCGAGCUUGCUACUUGGCAAGUAAUCCGCAAAAAGAAGAAUCUGUUGAUACGGAAAAAUUUACUUUUAUGUUACCAGAUGGUAGUCAUAUAGAGAUUGGUCCUGCAAGAUUCCGUGCUCCUGAAGUAUUAUUUAGACCAGAUUUAUUAGGAGAAGAGUUUGAGGGAUUACAUGAAGUUUUAAUGUACUCAAUCCAGAAAUCAGAUUUGGAUUUGAGAAAAGUUUUAUUCCAGAAUAUUGUUCUUUCCGGCGGUUCUACAUUGUUUCGGGGAUUUGGUGACAGAUUAUUGUCAGAAAUACGCAGGAUGGCACCAAAAGAAGUUAAAAUUAGAAUAUCAGCACCUCAAGAGCGUUUAUACAGUACUUGGAUAGGUGGUUCUAUACUAGCAUCAUUAGAUACAUUCAAAAAAAUGUGGGUCAGUAAACGUGAAUACGAUGAAGAAGGGCGACGAGCAAUUCACCGUAAAACUUUCUAAUAUAGAAUCCUAUAGUAUAGCUACACGUGACUUACUUUUUAUAUAUUUAUGAAUAAAAUAUAAUAAAAAAAUUAUUGAUAUAAUAUGAAGUUUGAUUAAAAAGUAUCAGAAUAUAACCCCGA